CUUCCUGUUCAUUCAAGAAAAAUUGCAGUAUUGUGAUUCUGUUCAUAGAGGAGUGUUAGCAUUUCACACUGUAAUUAAAAAUUGCAAGAUGAAGCAGAUUCUUCUUUUAUUUAUUACACUAGUGUGGGGAUACAACAUAGAUACAGAUUUUCAUAUUGUUUAUUACGUAAAAAAUGAACUUAAAAGUAUUUACUUCGGUUACACAGUCUAUUUAUACCACGACUCGAUCAACGAUAAAUCCUGGUUGUUAGUCGGAGCACCAAAAGGAAGUUAUUCUCAGUCCAGCAAUCAGAAAUUUAAGACAUCAUAUGAACAUGGUCUUACUUAUCGCUGUGAAUUAAAAAUUACGGAAUCGUGCCAGAUUAUAAGACCACAAAACGUUGAGAAUAAAAAGGGAUAUAUACGUCAGCUCGAUAUGAAGAUGUUUAUUGAACAGCAAGGAGGCUGGUUUGGAAGUGCCAUGUCUAUAGACAGGUCAAAUGGAAUAUUAACGGUAUGCGCACCACGAACUGUUGUAAGUAUUUUUAAAUCCCUUAGUGAUAUCUAUUCGGAUACCAUGCACGGAAUGUGUUACAGUGGAAACGUUACCUCAUCUGUACUCUCUAUUGGUUACAAUGAUCUUGAAUUUCAUAAUUUCCAAUCAAAAAUUUGGUACAACCCAAUGUACGGAUUCUCCAUUCACUACGCUUCAGCAAUGCAAGAGGUGGGUAAGAAACAGAAAGAGACACACUAUAUUGUAGGAAAGCCUGCAAACGAUAUUUGUGGCGGUAUAGAAAUAGUGCAAAAGAAUAAGAGACUGUCAAUUGAAUUGUCAUCUGAUGAAGCUGAUGACCUAUCUCGAUUAGGGUAUAGCGUUGAGUCUGGCUACUUCUUUAAGAAGGAUCAGCUACUUUAUGUCAGCGGUGCUCCUGGCUGGUACUAUAAAGGACAGGUAGUGAUUAUUGAUGGAACAGCAAAUUCGUCCAUUGUGGCUAAGUUACGAGGUAGCAGUACUGGCGAGUAUUUUGGAGCAGCUUUAGCUGUGGGUGAUAUAAACAAUGAUGAUUUAGAUGACCUUAUUGUUGGAGCACCUUAUUGGGGAGAAGAUAAUGGUAAAGUGUAUUGUUACUUUGGUAAUUCCAAGGGCCAGUUUAAAGAGGUAAUAUCUCUUCAUGGAAAAGUAGAAGGGGGCCAUUUUGGAUAUGCGAUAACAAGCGGUGACUUAGAUGCUGAUGGAUUCGAUGAUAUCAUUGUGGGAGCACCCUGGGAAGAAUCUGGAGUAAUUUAUAUAUACAGCGGUGGUUCAGAUCUAAUGGAAACAAAGCUACAAGCGUCACAGCGAAUUGCAGCCAUAGAUCUAACGGAGCAUCGUCGCAAAUACGAGAGAUUUGGAUUUUCAAUGUCAAAACCGAUUGAUAUUGAUAGUAACGGUUAUCUAGAUAUUCCAAUAGGAGCAUAUAAAUCAAACCAUGCUGUUGUGUUUCGUAGUAAACCAGUCGUUAAAACGGAACUCGUAAUUCAUGUAGUACCCAAUGUUUUAGAAAGAGAUACUAAAUAUUUUUUAAUCGAAAUCUGUCCACGGUACAGUGGACAUAACGUAGAAAGCUUACAAGGUGUAAAAUCCACGAUCUCGAUUGCUAUAGAUAAACAGUAUCUGCGAACCAAAGAAACAUUUUUGAAAUUCGAAUCCUUCAAUUUAUCAGUUACGUGCUUCAAAGCGCAAGUCAAUCUCUCGAAAAAUAUAAGAGAUUUUAUUGAGCCAAUUUAUAUUUUUGCAUCGCAUGAUUUCGCAAAUAAUACAUCCGGUCGCUUCUGCAAAUUCUGCCCUGUGGAAAGGAGAAAUAAUAAAUUACAUGUCGCUCAAACUUUUCUUCCUUUUAAUAUCGACUGCGGAGCAGAUAAAGUUUGUACUUCUAAUAUAUCCGCUGCAGCAAAGUUUUAUGGUGUUCGCGACAAUACUACGUGGGUGAUCGGUUCGACUGAUGUAAAAUUAGAAGUAAAUUUAAAGAAUUAUGGAGAACCAGCUUAUCUUACCAUGCUUCAAUUCACUAUUCCAAAAGGGGUAGUAUUACGUAGCAUCUUACCUUCUUGUCAAGAAGACACAUCUAAAACUAAUUUAUUAAUAACCUGCGAUGUUGGUAAUCCUCUAUGGAAAGGAGAAGAAAAGAAUAUUACUUUAGAUCUUGACAUGAAAAAUUUAAUUCACGAUUCGAUGUCUGAUCACAAGCUAAAUUUUAACAUAACAUGUACAACCCGUAGUAAAAACGAAGGAGUGGAAAUUAUAACGAAAAUUCUUAACUUGAUAAACGAAGUUUCUUUGUCCUUGAACGGGAAGGCCAAUGAAGAAGUAUAUUACUUGUCCACUAUCGAGAAUGUUGCUUCAAAUCUCAGUUUUCAGCAUACGUACCAAGUAUACAAGCUUGGUGCAACACCUAUAGAAAGCGCUCAACUCGUUAUUAAAAUACCAACAGCUAUUAAUUAUUCAGAUCCUUUAAUACACAUAUAUAAACCCCAGCUCUAUGUGUUAGGAAAAUUGUAUGAAUGUACAUCACAAGAUAAUUUACUAGACAAUGAAUUCAUAAAUGUGAGAAGAGAAUUGUCAUUGUAUAAAUUUAAUAUGCAUAGUGUAGCUAGCGAAAUGCAACAAACUAAUAACUUAAUCAUUAAAAGAAAUACAAACGAAUCGAGCUUCGAACUGCAUGAUAUAAAAAUUAAUAAAACACUGCAAUAUACGAACGAUAGCAGUUUAAGCGACAUUUUAUAUAUGAAUUGUUCAACUAGUGAUGUGUAUUGCUCAACUAUUGUAUGCAAUUUAAAUACAUUGGAGACAUUACAAGACAUUGGAAAGGUGUUAAUCAAACUACUUUUAAAUGUUGAAAAACUUAAAGAUACUCUCGCUAUCGACAGAGUUGCUUUAAAAUUCGACACCGAAGCCACUGUACACAUACUAAAACCAGCUGCGAGGGUUUCUAUUAAUGGAACAAAAUCUACAAUGGUACUUACAACAAUGUUCUACAAUAGUUCGAAACAAACAGGAUUGCAAUUGUGGAUUGUUAUAGCUUCUGUGUCAGUGGGAUUAUUACUAUUAAUUGUUUUUGUUGCGAUUUUAAGCACGUUAGGUUUCUUUAAGAGAAAAGCAACCUCGUCGAACCUUAUCAAACAGUGAAGUAAAUACAGCACAAUAUCUUUAAUACUUAAAAGUAUAUUUUACCUAUAUAUUGUAUUAUCUUUAGAAAUCAGAAGAAACAAAAGAACUGCCGCUACAAUUAAAUCCGACUAUCAAUGACAUUUAAAGAAUAUAUUAAAGAAGAUGUUAAGGUCGUGUUAAACUGUUUUAAUGUUCGUCUAAUAAAAGACACAUAUUUAAUAAAAUUCUAUUGUUUAUUUA